AUGAGCAGCUCACCAUUCAAAGUAGUAACUAUCGUUGGAGCCACGGGUAAUUUGGGUUAUCAUAUCGCCGAAGCAUUUUUGGACGACGGCUCUUAUAAGGUGAAGGUCCUUCGAAGAAAACCGGAAAACGAAAAUGAAAAGUCCAAAUUGUUGGCUUCUAGGGGCGCAGAAAUUUUAUAUGCUGAUUACAGUCAAAAGGAUGAUCUUGUCAAAGCUCUUAAAGGAACCGAUGCUUUGGUCAGUGUCGUAAGUACCGAUAAGGGUUCUAUUUCCUCUAUUCAAUCCUCGUUGUUGGCCGCCGCUAAAGAAGCUAAUGUGAAGAGGUUUGGAGCUCAUGUGUUCACGGAUGAUAAAAUAAAAUUUCAAAAGGAAUUAGAAGAAAGUGGGAUUGAGUAUACUUUCAUCUACAACGGAUUAUUCCAAGAAUACCUUACCUGGUUUGCAUAUGACGUAAAGGACAAGAGAGCCACGUUCUAUGUUGAUGAUAGCACAAAAAUUUUCUGCACUUCUUGGCUUGAUAUUGGAAAAUACACCGCCGAAUCACUUAAAAUACCAGAGGCUCGUAAUGCCCAUAUCCAAGUCGCUGGUGCGGUCUUGACAUUAAAGGAAUUGCUUCAAAAGUUUGAAAAAGCUAGUGGUGGCUCAAAGUGGAAAGUUGUUGAAGAUAAGGACUUACGAAAACGUUACGAAAACCAGAUCCACCCAGUUCCAACAUUGCUAGAUUAUUUCAAACUCGUGAUUAUGGAAAACAUGAGUUUCGAUAAGUUAGAUAACGACAAAUUCAGUUUCACUCCUCGUUCUAUCGAUGAAGUUGUUAACUUUCUUGUGAAAAACGAGUAA